AUGGAUGCUGGAAUUAUGAAAUCAUCAUUGAAUGAGGUGCCAACAUUUGGUAACGUUUCACUCAGUGCCAUCAUAGAGCUUAAUCUCGCCAACAACAAUCUUUCGCGCUUAACCGCGAUCUCUGAAUCACCUUUUCUGGAGUUUCACUUCUUUAUAUUGAGUUCCAAUCUUUGCUUCGAUGUCCAUCCAGAUUUACUUAAAGGUCUUCCUUCUCUUGAGUUUCUAGAUCUGUCUGGAAAUUAUAUUAGCUUUGCCAUGACAAAUUAUGGUGAUUUAUUUGAAACCAAUAUACAGCUUAAACAUUUGGAUAUAUCAAGAAAUGAACUUAAGGCAUUAAAUAAUAAUCUUUUUAAAAAUCAGCUAAAUAUAACGUUCUUGAACCUGUCACAAAACAAACUUCAAUCGUUCACCAUUUAUGCAGAUAACUUAACAAAACUUGAAGUGAUAAAUCUUUCACAUAAUUGCUUUUUAACUUUGACAGAUUUUAAACAGAUUUUACACGUUAUUAGAAACCAUGUUGAAAACAGAAAUGAAACUGUUGUUGAUCUGAAAAACAAUGAUUUUCUGUGUUCAUGUAACGCUGGUGACGUAGCAUUCAUGAACAGCGUUGCUGAUGACGUUCGAAGUCAUCGGUAUUUACUACAGUUUACAUGCAAUCAAAACGAAGAAGUAAGGAAUGCCUCAGAGUUUGAAUCAUUCAAACACACUUUUGAUAAGAAAUGUAGAACCUUGAUGGAUUCGAUUGUUUCGAUUGUAGUUGGUGCGGUGUUCGUGUUUAUUUUGAUAAUUAUAACCGUCGCUACGCUGGUGUAUAAAUUUAGAUGGAAAAUAAAAUACUGGUUUUACGUUCGAAAUAGUAAACGGCGUAUGCGAAACGGAUAUACCGUCAUUCAAAAUUCCAAUGAUUGGUCGUAUAAAUAUCACGUAUAUUUGGCGUAUUCUUACGAGGUACAGAAAUUCAUCAUAGAAACUGUCUUAACCAAACUGAGUGAACUCGAGUACAAAGUGUUCAGUCAAGACGACAUUAUUCCCGGUUUGAACCUCUGUAGUGUUAUUGGAAACGCUAUCCACGUCAGCAGAUGUGUUUUGUUAGUUGUUAGUUCAGAAUGCGAGGAUUCAAUUGAAUGGAGUAUUGCGGUCCAUAUGGCAAACGAAGAAGCAAUCCAGAGAAGGAAACCCAUCACGUUGGCACUUUUAUAUGAUGGUCACUGUGUGGAUGGUAUACCAGGUGCAGAACAAUUAAUACACCAAGACUACUUUAUAGAUUUUCCUCGGAAUGGCAGUGAACAUGAGAUUACCGCGUUCUGGGCUGACUUUGAAAAGAAACUGAUUUCGAUUGAUAACACUGCGUUAGAAACAUCAAUGACUUGCCUAGCAAGGAGCAAUGAACGCUCUUGAAGCAAGUGUGUCAUUGUUAUUAUGUUACAAAUACGAAUCAAUCCCUGUGGAUUUGUCAUACGUGUAAACAUUUCCGUCGUUGUUUGUAUACUUAUGUCAUGCCAUGUAAGAGCAAAAAACGUGUGAACCACUUCCUUGUAUGACACGUGACACGUGAAAUAUGAUCACUACUUAAUUUUCUUAUCGAGGACCAAUGGCCGAAAAGAACCGAAAAACGUGUACAAUUCAUUAAUAUUCGAUCAAUCAUAUAUAAUGAGCAUAGAAUGUAUUGCACAAAAACAUUUCCGCGAAUUUCUCAUUUGUUUCUAAUAAGCAUUAAUACAAACUUAAAGUAGUUACUUGCUUUGGUUACAAGCAUCCCGUCAAUCUUAGCUGUGUUUCGUUAACGAGUGACAUCCGCACAAAUUUAACAUGUGGCAGGUCUGUUGUGGGUCUAGCAUUUCUUUGUAAUUUAUAAAACCGACAACGCAAAAUUAUUUCCCAUAAUUAUCAGUUAUUUCCAUGUCAAGUAUUGUGUUCAAAUCCGCUGUUUUAACCUAUUAUUCUUCAACUGAAGUUAUAUGCAUAAUGGGCAAAGACAAACAUUUGUAUACAUGAUACAUGGAUACUCGUUUGCCCAAGUCAAACCUAUCAAAAUUAGUUUUUGUAUUUAAUUUGCUUUCAGUUUUGUUGAAACAUUUUCCAUUAUAAAAUCUUACACUAUCUCGGAAAUAUCACAUUCAAAUCUGAUCUUCGGUUAAUGGUGCUCCAUUCGACAAUGAUGGCGUUAAUUGCUACCUCCAUAUCGGGCCUCUAUGAAAUAUCAACUCUGAGUAACAAUAUCCGGGAAGUUAAUGAACUCGGAAGAAGAAGUACUAAUGCUGAUGCAACUGCAGCAUUGUAAACGUGCGUAUUAAGAAUGACAGGAAGUUAUAUAUGGUAAUAUUCCGUAAUUGGCCCUCGACAAGUACGGUUUAUUUUCGCUAUCAGUAAGCCUUUAAUAAAAUGAAUAAUGCGUAUAAAAUUAACAUAAUAUAUACAUGACAUAUAAUUUCAACUGGUAUCUGAUCUUCAAUGAUUGACGAGUCUACAGUAUUUAACACUUUAAGACAAAAACAUACAUUCUUUGAAAUUAAACUAUGAUAACAUAAUAUAAAACGUUUUCGAAUGGCAAUUAAAAAUAAAUUUAAAUUUAUUUGUAAAGUGUUUAAUUGCGAAUCGAAUUAUAUUUCCCAAAUUGUACCUCAAUACGCGCUUUUUAAUGCCUGACUUAAGUAAACAAUUA